AUGCCCAUGUUAGCUACAAAGUACCACAUCCUUGCCCCAGACCUCCCAGGAUUCGGAUUCACCGAAGUCCCAGACACAUUCCAGUACACGUUCGACGGCCUCGCCAACACGGUACUCGAGUUCCUAGACGAGCUCUCCAUCAGCAUAUUCUCCGUCUACAUCUUCGACUACGGCGCCCCGACAGCCCCCCGACUAGCCCUGUCCCGACCAUCCAGCAUCCGCGCCAUCAUCUCGCAAAACGGGAACGCCUACACCACCGGCCUCGGCGACUUCUGGGCCCCGAUCCGCGAAUUCUGGCACAGCGAGAACACACCAGAUGCACGAUCCACUCUCGCAAAGACCAUGCUCAGUCUCGAAGCCACGAAAUGGCAAUACGAGCACGGCACGUCCCCCGUCCGCACCAUCGCCCCGGAAUCAUACACCCUAGAUUAUACCCUCCUCCAACGGCCCGGCAACGCAGAUGCCCAAGUCGAUCUGUUCUGA